CUUGGUCGUUGCAGGAGGACAUGGCCGCUCACGUGGGCGCGUCCCGCACGCCGCAGGAAGUGAUGGAGCAUUACGUAAGCAUGUACAUCCACGGCAACCUGGGGAGAGCCUGCAUCCCCGACACCAUCCCCAAUCGGGUGACCGACCACACCUGCCCCAGCGGGGGCCCCCUGUCGCCCAGCCUCACCACCCCCUUGCCUCCCCUAGACAUCUCGGUGGCCGAGCAGCAGCAGCUGGGCUACAUGCCGCUGCGCGACGACUACGAGAUCGAGUACGACCAGGACGCCGAGACGCUCAUCAGCGGGCUCUCGGUCAACUACGACGACGACGACGUGGAGAUCGAGCUCAAGCGCGCGCACGUGGACAUGUACGUGCGCAAGCUGCGGGAGCGGCAGCGGCGCAAGAACAUCGCGCGCGACUACAACCUGGUGCCCGCCUUCCUGGGCAGGGACAAGAAGGACAAGGACCGCGGCCUCAAGCGCAAGGUCAGCAAGGAGGAGAAGGAGCUGCGGCUGAAGCUGCGGCCGCUCUACCAGUUCAUGUCGUGCCGCGAGUUCGACGACCUGUUCGAGAACAUGCACAAGGAGAAGAUGCUGCGCGCCAAGAUCCGCGAGCUGCAGCGCUACCGGCGCAACGGCAUCACCAAGAUGGAGGAGUCGGCCGAGUACGAGGCGGCGCGGCACAAGCGCGAGAAGCGCAAGGAGAACAAGGCGGCGGCGGGCGCCAAGCGCGGCAAGGAGGACGGCAGGGACGGCGAGUUCGCCGCCAUCGAGCACCUGCCGGGCUUCGAGCUGCUGUCGGACCGCGAGAAGGCGCUGUGCAGCGCCCUGGGCCUGAGCCCCGCGCGCUACGUCACCGUCAAGACCAUCAUCAUCCGGGACCACCUGCAGAAGCGCCAGGGGCUGCCGGCCAAGAGCCGCCUGCCCAGCUACCUGGACAAGGUCCUCAAGAGGAGGAUCCUGAACUUCCUCACCGAGAGCGGCUGGAUCUCCCGCGAGGCCUCCUGAGCCGCAGCCACGCCGCGGCCCCGGCGCC